AUGAUGAACAAGUAACAGCGCAGAGAUUUCUGUCUUUUUUUUUCUGCAGUAACUAAAUAAAUACUUGAAGUCAAACGUCUACAUCAUUAAGAAGAGGAAAUCAGCGUGAAACAGUCAUCAAAUCACGAGACACUGCCCGGGUGAAAUGAAGCACUGCCUGUGUUACUGUGCAACAGAUGUCUGAGAUAUGAUGGAAUCCAGUCGGGAUGUUGUACUGGAGCCGCCUGAGGAAUCUCUCUCAGAUCAAAGCACCAAAGCUAAAGUGGAGGAGCGAGAGGCUCUGAUCCUGGAACUGCAGGAUGUCAUCACUGAGCUACACCUAGAGAUGUCUCUGAAAGAACAGCAUGAGCUCCAGCAGCUUCAGCUGGAGACCACAGUCAAAGAGCUUCAAGAGCAGGCUUCCGCUGAUCUCACAGCCCUCAGAGGAACAAAGCUGUUGAAGACAGAGUUGUCACGUCGGGACGCGAGCAUCCAAAGACUCCGGCAAGACCUGCUCCUCUCUCAUCAGGCCCGUGACGCCCAAAGCGUUCAGCUGGACGUCCAAGAGCAGAGGCUGUGGGAUCUGCAGAGAGAGCUGCAAGAAAGCCAGCAGGAGCUCCAGAGGGGACACGACCGCAACCGGCAGCUUCACGGGCAGCUGCAAGAUGCCAGGAAGAAAGAUCAGGAGCUACAAGCUCAGGCUGAGCAGAUACAGUGGCUGGAGGAGAAAGUGUCCAGGCUGAAAUCUCAGCAUAGUUCAGUCUGUCAGCAGGAAUCAUGUGGGCUUCAGAGGGCACGAGAGGAGCUGACGGCGAGAGAAGAGAGAUCUUCCCUUCAGGAGCAGCUCAACAGCGUAAGAGAGGAGCUCCACAGCGCCACCAUCAGGGAAGAGGAGCAUCGGCUGAAAGUGCUGCAGAUUGAUGAACUCCAAAGAGAGGUUGACAAGACACUGGCACUGCUUGAAAAGGAGAGAGAGGAUUGUGUAAAGGCCGAGGAGCUGAAACGACUGAGAGAAGAUCAACUCAAGGACAAGGUCAGGCAUCAGGAAGAGCUGACUGCAGAGUUACAGAGACGAUUUGACCAGAAGGAGAAAGAGCUAAAGGAAUGGAAAGAGCGAUGGCACUCCGUCUCAGAGAGUCUCCGGUACGCACAUACACAGCUCCAGCAGACCCAGGACAGCCGAGACCGGGCCGUCAGCAGCCUGAAACCACAGCAGGAGAAGACCUGCAGUCUGCAGGGGGAUGUGGACACACUCCAUAUAGCGCACCAACAGCUGGUUGAAGAGGAGUCCACGGUCUCCAGGCUUCAUGAAGCAGAGACGCAGAGGGAUCUUCUGGCCUCCAGAAUCGCUGAGAUGAACUGUGACAUCCAGCAUCAGGAGAAAGACUGCAAGUGGCUCAUAGAGCAGGAUGAGGCGUCCGAUAGAGACGAGAAGGUUCUGACGAGAGGUCUGACCUCUACACACGAGGAGCUCGCAGAGCAGAUGCAGGAGGUCCCAUCGAGGAGAGAGGAGGUUGUGGCCCUGCAGGAGGAGUUGAGCAGGCUUCAGGAGAUCCUGAAACAGAGAGAGGAGGUGAUAGAGAACAACAAACACAACACAACACGGCUCCAGCGAGAGACAGACUCUCUUUACAAACAGUGUAUAGGUCAAAAUAAAGAGCUGUGUGAACUGCGUGAGGAGAUGCAGCGCUGGCAGCAGGAGACCCAGGAGCAGAAGGAGGUGCAGGACCUUAAGAGAGAAUUGCAAAACACACAGAUUCUCCUGCAGAUGCACAGAGAUAACCUGGAGAGGCAGACAGACACCGAGGACGAGGCCUCCUGCAGGGAAGCAGCUCUCCACAGUCAGGAUGCAGAGAUGGUUCAGCUGAAAGCAGAUCUACUGGAGGCUGAGAAACUGGCCACAGAUGCUGAGGCUCGACUACAACCUCUUAGUGAAUCCCUCGAGUUCUGCAAACACAAGUACCAGGCCUGCCUCACCAAGAUCGCCCAACUAGAGAACACCCUGUUUAGCCGAGAGGAGGACCUGAAAGAGGCCCACAAUCAGGUGGCCCAGAGGGAAGAGCAGGUCCUCCGUCUGAGAGCUCAGGUUGUAGCUCUGCAGGGGGAUCUGCAGGUACACUGCGCCCAGCUGGAGAGCGGAGACGAGGCCCUUGCCACGCUGAGCCAGAAGCUCCGAGACACACUGGAAGAGCUGGAGCACAGGCGUAAUCACACAGAAGAGUGUGAGCUGCUCAUCCACACACUCAGAGACACAGCUGCUGGCCUUCGUCGACAGGCUGAAGAGCAAGAAGAGACUCUAGUGAAGACACAGGCUGAUUUUUCCAUCUACCGAGCCACUCACAUCCACUCCAACUCAGACUACGAAUCCCAGCUGUCCCGCGUUCAGGAACUAGAGCAGGCACUGUUCCAGUCGCUGGAGCGCUGCGGUCAGAGCGCACAGGAGAUGCGGGUCUGCCAGCUGGAGUUGGAGCGACACCGACAAUACAGUCCGGCAGAUUCUGAUCAGCUGUGUGUUGCAGAGAUGCAGCGACUGCAGGAGCAGGUGAAGAAGCUCCAGGCGGAUGCAGCGGACGAGGGCCGGAGACGAGCACAAGCUGAUACUCUGGAGCUGAAGGUAGCCAAUCUGGAAGAGGAACUACAGGCAGCUCAAAGGCAGUGUGACCAAGCCACUCUCUCUCAGGCUAUCCAGAAGAGAGACGCCCUACUGAGACAGUCCGAGGCUGAUCUUCUGCAAGCGCGGGAGAAGAUCCGAAGCAGGGCGGCAGAGGCUCGAGGGCUGGAAGCUGAUCUGCAGAGAGCCAAGAAAAGAGAAAAGGCAGAGGGAGAAAGAGUGUGUAUCACUCAAAACACAGCUGCUUCAGCUCAGAGAACAACUGAAGGAGGCUCACACCACUUGCAGAGACACGG